AGAAAGAUGGUUGAUAGCGUCUCUGUUUCUACUCCAUUUAAUGAGGAAAAUAAACUUAAGGAAUCAUUAUCAAUCGGAGAUGAUUCCGUUCCAACUGAUUUGACUGUUUCAGUGAGUGCACCAAGUCAAGAUCAUGAAAUUAGUGAAAUAUCGUCAAUCGUGGAAAGUGAGAAACGGUCUCAACAGGAAAAACACCAUCAGGAUAUUGUGAAACGUUUGCGCAGUGAACUUCAGCUAACAAAGCUAUCGGUGUCGAAAAAAAAUGUGGAAACAGAAAAAAUUUUGGCCGACAAAAAACAGGAAAUUGAGCUAUUAAAACAGCACGCUCACCUAUAUAGUAGGGAAAAUGAGAACCUUAAAAAGGAGAAUAAUUCCCUAUCACAAAAUAUCGUGGAUUUACAGACCAAAAAUUUAAGACUGCUGUCUGAAAAUCAAAUACUCGAAGAGACUGCGGGUAAGACUAAGGAAACCAUAACCGGAUUGGAAAAGCGAUUAACAGAACUAACUAUUAAACAUCAGCGGACCCUAAAAUAUAUAGAAAGUGGCGAGUUCACUUUCGAGGAAUUUAACCGCUUGAAGGCCAGUGAAAACUCACUUAUCUUCAAGUGCGAGACGCUUGGUCGAGAAAAUGCAUCAUUACGUAAAACUGCGGAGAAGUGGAAGAAAAAAUUUACUAAACUACGGCACCAAUACGAGAAUCGGUUACAAGAUGAAGUAGCAAAACUCAGGAAAUCAUUACAAAAACAAAUUCAGAUGUUGCGAUCUUCAGGAGCAGAAACUUUAAAUUCUAAGAUGCUAGAAAAUGAGCAACGCCGAGUCACAGCUGAAAAAGAGGCGAAUUAUUGGAGGAAUCUGUGCGAGAAGCUGAAAUCUAAAGUGCGAGGGUUAGAAGUGAAUGAAGAGAAAAAGCGCUUCCAACUUGAAGAGAUGGAGACUAAAAAGAAUGAGCUUGUUCAACGUUUAAGUUUCAUAGCGUCCUCUAAAUCAAAAUUGGAAAAAGAACUGAGCGAAACUAAACAAACAUCUCAAGCCAGUUUAGAAAAUUUCAAACAGGAUAUUGCAGAGCACGAGAGGCGCGCACAGCAGUACCAACUACGCAUUGAGAACCAGACGAAAAUUCUUAACGAAUACGAAGAAGCUUUUCUAGCCGUUUACGGCAUAGAUGACGAAUCCAACCGCUGGCCGACAUUAUUAAAAAUACAGUCCCAUCACACUUCUCGAGUUUCGAAACGAGUAACCCAACUUGAAACAGAGAAUAGCAUUCUCCAGAAACAACAAAAUCGUUUAACAAACAAAAUUUAUCAACUAGAAUCUGAGUUGGAGUCCAAGGAAAAAAUGAUAUCGCAAGUUCAAGGACGGGCUCCUGAGACUGUUGGACUUUUUCGGGACAAAGACACUCUGCUGCGCGAAUUACGCUCACAAAUAAACCGCAAAGAUUUACAGUUGUUAGAGUACGCACGUCAGGUCGAGCGCUUGAAGAGAACGAGAAAUCAACUUGUGACUGAUCUAGAAGAUGUUCUUCGUGAUCGUACUGCCUUGGAGGAUGUUAAAACCAUGUUAAAACAAAAGGAGAACACUAACAACUGAAAGGAUGAG